AUGACUAGUAAUCAUGAGAUCCUCGGUUCGACUCCGAGUGUGAGCAUUUUUUUGCCUUAUUUCCACUAUAUUUCCAGGAAUGCGUUAUACAGCCAGUGGACAGAGUUUUUACAUCAUUUGGCCCACACCCUAGUGAUUAUUAGUACAGGUGUAACACGCUCGCAUGGCUUAGUGGUAAAGCGCAUGACUAGUAAUCAUGAGAUCCUCGGUUCGACUCCGAGUCCUCCACCAAUCAGCUCGCAUGGCUUAGUGGUAAAGCGCAUGACUAGUAAUCAUGAGAUCCUCGGUUCGACUCCGAGUUACUCAAAGCUGAAAAGUAAAUCUAUUGCUCGCAUGGCUUAG